GGCUCUAAAUUUGGCGGUGGAGGUGUAAGUUCUGCGCAGCAAGGCGAACGCGAACGUAAAGAGCGUCUGAAGCAAUUAGCGUUGGAGUCAAUUGAUCUUGCGAAAGACCCAUACCUUGUGCGCAAUCACCUCGGGUCGUAUGAAUGCAAACUUUGUUUGACUUUGCAUCGGGAUGAAGCAAAUUACUUGGCUCAUACGCAAGGAAAAAAGCACCAACAGGGUCUCGCUCGUCGGGCUCAUUUAGAAAAGCUCAAACUAGAGCAGGAAGGUUUUUCUGGGCUUCCGACUGUUGACGUGACACAGGCAGCUCCAAUCCAAAAAGUUCGUAUUGGGCGGCCGGCAUAUCAGGUUUAUAAGAGCCGAGACUCGGAAACGAAUCAGCGUUGCUUGUCUUUUGAACUUCAGUAUCCUGAGAUUGAAGAAGGUUUGCAGCCUCGUCACCGCUUCAUGAGUGCUUAUGAACAGCGCGUCGAAUCGCCCCCAGACCGACGUUAUCAAUAUCUUCUCUUUGCGGCCGAACCAUAUGAAACGGUCGCCUUCAAGGUUCCCAAUGAAUCAAUAGACAAAGGCGAAGACCGUUUCGUGACGCAUUGGGACGUAGAAACGAAGAAGUUCAUCGUCACAAUGUAUUUUGUGGAAGAUCGUCAAAAGGCACCGUAG